CUACGUUGUAUUUUCGUGACAAAGUUAUAUCUGAAGUGGAUUUAAGGGGUCCGUCUGCGCUCUUGCUCCACCAGCUGUGUUACUUUGCUGACACUGGUAACAUGUUAGACGUGUGUGCGGCUGUGUAACAUUAGAGUCUUUCAUUAGGAGUUGUCGUAAGGCCUGUUCGGGUUAUUUCCAUCACUGCCACUGGCUAACAGGUCCCAAAACAGAAAUGUCACUGGAGGACUAUGAAAGACAUUUGGACUCGCUGAGUUCAGAUUUGGGCGGCGGGUCUGUGGUUAGUGAGCGAUCAGCCUCGAGCACGUUUAAUGGCGAAGAGGAGAAGCUGCAUUACAUUCCUAUCCGGAUCCUCGGGAGGGGGGCGUUUGGUGAAGCAACUCUGUACAGACGAACAGAGGACAACUCUUUAGUGGUAUGGAAGGAGGUGGAGCUGAACUCGCUCUCGGAAAGGGAGCGCAGAGACGUCAUGAACGAAAUAAGCAUCCUCUCCAUUCUGGAGCACAACAACAUCAUCGCCUACUUCAAUCAUUUCAUGGAUAAAAACACUCUGCUCAUUGAGCUGGAAUAUUGCAAUGGAGGGAAUCUGUAUGAUAAAAUCAACCAACAGAAGGGGAAACUUUUCACUGAGGAGGUGGUCAUAUGGUACCUGUACCAGAUUGCCUCAGCAGUGGUUCACAUUCACAAGGCUGGGAUCUUACACAGAGAUAUCAAAACUCUGAACAUUUUCCUGACCAAGACAGACCUCAUCAAGCUGGGUGACUAUGGCCUUGCAAAGAAACUAGACUCUGAGUUUUCAAUGGCAGAGACUUGUGUGGGAACUCCAUAUUACAUGUCACCGGAAUUGUGCCAGGGAGCAAAAUACAACUUCAAAUCAGAUAUCUGGGCCAUGGGUUGUGUCAUUUUUGAAGUCUUAACUCUUACAAGAACAUUUGAUGCAACGAACCCUCUGAACCUCUGUGUGAAAAUAGUCCAGGGCAACUGGACUAUGGAAGUGAAUUCGGAUGUUUAUUCUUCUGCGUUGAUCAAGCUGGUGUAUGAGUGCCUCAAUCAAGAUCCUGCAAAGAGGCCCACAGCUGGGCAGAUUCUGGACCAGCCAGUCAUUGCCUGCUGUCGACAGGAGCUUGAAGAGCGAGUUGCACUGCUGAAUUCAGCCAUGAAGAAACCAAAGCUGAGCACAGUGUCGGAGACCCCUGUCGCUGUGGUGACCACACGCUCGAGGGAGGUGUAUUUCUGGGGCGGAGGGAAGUUCACCCCCCAGAAACUGGACUCAUUCAAAGGGGGCAGCAGUGCCCAACAUGUGUGUGCAGGGGAGAGUCACUUUGCCGUGGUGACGGUGGAAAAAGAGUUGUACACCUGGGCUAAUAUCCAAGCUGGAGCAAAGAUGGUGGGCCAGCUAGGGCACGGAGACCAGGCCUCGUACCGGCAGCCAAAGAAGGUGGAUAAACUCCAGGGGAAGGCCAUCCGACAGGUGGCAUGCGGGGCUGACUUCACUGCCUGUAUCACUGAUGAGGACCAGAUGUACAUGUUUGGGUCAGACUAUUAUGGCUGCAUUGGAGUGGAGGGCGAGCUGGGCAUGGAGAUUUUGGAGCCAGUGCUUCUGGAGUUUUUUGAGGAGAGGCCUGUCCGUCAGGUGUCUUGUGGAGACAACCAUGUGGUGGUCCUGACUCAUAGUGGGGAAAUCUACUCCUGGGGCUGUGGAGAGUAUGGGCGUCUUGGCCUGGAAUGUGAGGAUGACUUCUCUUCUCCGAUGCAAGUGGAGCUCCCCAAAGGUGCCACCAUCUCUACUGUGUCAUGCAGCAGUGAUGGAACCUUCUUUUUGACAGAAACUGGCAAAGUCCUAGCGUGUGGAAACAAUGAAUUUAACAAGCUAGGUCUGAACCAGGCAUUCUCUGGUCUCAAAAACCACUCUGGAGAGGGUUAUCAGGGGAUCCCGUACAUCACCACACUGACCUUGGUAAAGCAGCUGGCGCGGUUCAAGAUCCAGGUUAUAGCUCCAGGGAAGUCCCACACCGCUGCCAUUGAUGAACGCGGCCGUCUGAUCACCUUUGGUUGCAACAAGUACGGGCAGCUGGGUGUUAAAGACUUUAAGAAACACCAGGGUGUCCAAGUCCUUGUUGGUCCCUUUGGGGGAAAGACAGUGAACAAAGUGUCUUGUGGAGAUGGCUUCACCAUUGCAGCCACUGAGGACAAUCAGAUCUUUGCAUGGGGAAAUGCAGGAAACGGGCGACUUGGAAUGCCUGCUGAUAAGGGAUUUGGUUCAGAGGUUUGCCCUGCCAUGCCCAGACCCAUCUUUGGUUCCCUCCACCAUGUGCCAGACCUCUCUUGCCGUGGCUGGCACACUAUUAUUAUAAUGGAGAAAGUGCUCAACUCUAAGACUAUUCGCUCCAACAGCAGUGGACUGUCAGUUGGUAGUGGGCUGGUACAGGAUGGAUCCACAGCCACAGUGGAUCUGGAAAUAGGGACCGGUUCGGAGACGGAGUGUCGUGACAGGGGUCUCGGAGUUACAGGGGAGGCUGAUACUGAUGGAUGCCACAUGGAGACCCCUAUGAUGUCAAUGGCAAGCCAGACUGGGGACAGCUCCUGCCCUUUUUGGCUUAGAAAGGAACUUGAUGAUGCAGAGUUCAUCCCGAUGCCAAAUGACUCACAGCCAUUCACUGGUGACCAGCUCUCUUCUUUCUCCAAGAGCAACACUCUGCCUUAUGAGCUGAAAAACUUUAAGGCGGCAGCAGCAGCAGCAGUCAGCAGUAAUAUAGGCCUAUCGACUAAAAGAAUGGGCUGUGAUAAAGUAAAUGGACUGGAUGAGGCAGACACUUGCAAAAAAGGAGAAUCAGGUGCAUGCUGCAGAGCAAGUGGCGAGGUUGCACAGCUGCGAGAGACAGUCGCCCACCAAGACAGGAGGAUCCAGAUGCUCGAGAAGCAGGUCAGUGAGCAGCAGAGGGAGAACGAAAGGCUUUGGGCAGCGAUUAAUCGUUCAACGCUACGGGAAGCAGGAUGUGAAAAUAACGGAAACCACCGCUCUGAUCGUAUGUCCGGGGAUGGAGGAGGAGGAGGAGGCGGAGGAGGAGGCAGAGGAGGUGGAUUCACAAACCACGGAGGCAGAUCUGCUGGGGCCAGUGCGUGAACCUGCAGAUGUCCAGGUUACAGGAGAAGUGUCAAAACUCAUAGCACAUACUGAAUUCAACAAGCUUGACUGCAGUAGGGAGUGCAGCCUCAUGCCCACUCACAGUGUGUUACGUUAUACAUGUUUAACAGAGCGCUCAGUUGCAUGAUUUUCUUAUUGCAUAUGCAAUACUGUAUAAUACCUUGCACAUUCACAUGCACACUUGUGUUCACCCGGGUGCAGUGAUCUAGCUAGUUUCUCCACAGACUGAAAUGUUGGCUGGAUUCAACAUGAAGCAAUCGGACCUUGACACCUGCGAGAGACAAUCUGAUCAUAGUGUUACUCCGCAAUGUGAAUAUCAAGUCCAAGUUUUAGUGGUGUCAUUGUUGUCUUUUAGUGAUGUCAACACUUAGUGCCUCAGAUAUUAGUAUUUAUCAUGAAACAGGAAAGAGUAGCUUAUGCAAAAAGGAAACCGUUUGCUACAGCAUUGCAUCCUAAGUUCAGGUUUCUGUUGAGUUCUGAGAAGAUGGACAGUCAUGUUGUCCAAAUUCAUCGUGACUCAUGUGAGUGCCAUCUUUCAAUGUGAAAACAUACCUUUCUUGUGUAUCACUUUAUUAGAAUUAUUGUCAUUUCAUCUAUUCCUAAAAGGGUAAAGUGCCAAAUACAAUAUAACCUCUAAAACCUUUUUUUCAUACUUAUCAGAAAUGUUAGCUAUUACAAACAUAUUCUAAUUAUCUCAUGCAAAUAUAUAUAGUUUUUAAAUUUGCAUGUAUUAUUGUCAUACACGGUAAAGAGCAUAUGUGUGAAACAGGAAACUACUGAUUUAUUUUUUAACCACAGGUAGGUUGCUUUUUCUUAUUGCCUUCUAUGACUCUUGAAUUGUUGUUGGUGCAGCAUGUGUAGGUUUAUCUUCAUUAUUACAUGUAUGAACACUUGAACUGUCUUAGAAUGUGGAAAACAUGGUCUUUUAAAGCAUUUUUGAUGUAGCUGAUCUUGCAGCUAUAAUGUUAUUGUUUUCUUACUGCAUUUUUUUUAGCCAUUUUAUCUGUCCUUGGUACUUGGUUUUGCCAUCUUUUGCAUAAUUUGUGAAAGAAAAUAUCUAAUUGUGUUUUUGUUUGAAGUCUAUUGGUUUUGUUUAUUGUGUGUGUGUGUGUGUGUUAUGACAAAAACAUAUAUGUAGUAUGUAUAAACCCUUUGUCAUAGUUGGCUUAUAAGCAUUUCAUUUGUGGUCAAUGAACUGCCUUAUGUCAACAAUGUAACUAGUAUUUCCAUCCUAAACACAUCCACAGUGCCUUAGCAAGCUAUUGAAACCAAAAUGUGUGCAAAUAUGACAAUGCUGUGCCUUAAGUGAUUUUGUAAUAGUGUGUUGACAGCAUUUAAAAUAUGUUUCUGGAGAUGUACAGUAACAGUUGUAUAGACACACUACAGUCACACUGUUGCCUUAUGCUUUAUGGAAAAGCCAUCAAUAAAACUAACAACUGUCUUUUGU